AUGACUGGUGCACCGGUGUCGUCAGGAGGUGGAAAGUUGGUGCCACUCCCGCCAGAUGGAGGAUGGGGAUGGGUCGUCGUCAUCGGCUCGUUCUUUGUUCACGUCUUCGCGGACGGCUUCGUCUACUCAUUCGGAGUUUUGGUAGAGACCCUCAUGGAGGAGUUCCAAGCCAACAACACCAUGGCCUCCCUUAUCAUCUCACUCCUCACCGGUUUGACCCUUGGAUCGGGUCCGCUCGCCUCCGCCGUUUGCAACAAGUACGGUUGCAGAGUGACGACCAUCACCGGAGCCGGAGUCGCGUUCGUUGGCUGCGCCCUUUCAUACUUUGCGACGGCCAUGUGGCACAUCGUCAUCUCAGUGGGAGUGAUCAUGGGAAUCGGUUUUGGAUUGAUGUAUUGCCCGGCCAUUGUUAUCGUCACUAUGUACUUCGAAAACAAACGAUCCCUCGCCACUGGAAUCGCCGUCGCUGGAGCUGGUGUUGGAACAGUUUUGUUUGCUCCUAUCAAUGCUUUCUUCAUCACUAACUUCGGAUGGAGAAGUGUGUUUUUGGCCUUCCUGUUUGUCCUGGUUCUCUGUGCCCUUUGUGGAGCCACCUUUGCCCCAUUGGAAUUCGCUUUGGUACCAGAUGAGGAAGAAGAGGAGAACAACGAGGUGUUCGAAGAAGAUGGAAAGAAGACAACCGCAAAUGAGGCUCAUGGAGAGAAAGCCACUCUGCUCAGCCCACCAACCAUGAUCGAGAGAUCCAUGUCUCAGAGCUCUGGAGUCCAAAAGGUUGGAGAGAAGAUCCGCCCGGCCAGCUCGAUGGGAGCCGUCGAUGUCGAGUCCCAACCGAGAUCUCGUCGUGGAACCGUUGGAGAACGUGACAGCGGAUACCUCAACCGUAAGGACGUGUUCUACACUGGAUCGAUCUCCAAUGUCGCUGAGUUCCGUGAGGAUCCAGACAAGUUCCGUUCCACCGGAUCUCUCCAUGGCCGUCACACGACUGUCGGAAGCAUCCCAGCUCACUCCACUGGAAAACUUGAUGAUGUUCGUGAAGGAAGCGAAGAAGACAGUAAAGCUCUUGAUGUCAGCGAGAAGACUAACGGCACCGACAACACUGACAACGUGGAAGGAAAGAACAUGUUUAAGACCAUCAGCAACAUGCUCUCGUUGCCACUUCUCUUGGAGCCAACUUUCCUUCUCUUCGCCAUUUCCAAUCUUCUCACCUCUGUUGGAUUCAAUUCGCCACUCUACUUCCUCCCACUUCAUUCCGCAAAGAUUGGUCUCACCUCAAUCGAAGGAUCGAAGGUUCUCUCUGCAUUUGGAGUCUCCAACACCAUUGGUCGUAUCGUCUUCGGGGUUGUUGCCGAUCACAAGCUCCCACUUCCAGCAGGUCUCGGAGAAGACACCGCUCGUAAUCGUCUCUGGAUGUACAACAUUUCCUUGACUAUCUGCGGACUCCUCACCACCUUCUGCUACAAGUUCGUCGGAUUCAUCCCACUUGCCACAUACUCCGCCUUGUUUGGAUUCUCGAUCGCCUCCUACAUCUGCUUGACUUCUGUCAUUCUCGUCGAUCUUCUUGGAUUGGACAAGCUCACCAAUGCCUUCGGUCUUCUUCUUCUCUGGCAAGGAGUCGGAACUGUCUUCGGACCUCCAAUUUCCGGAUACUUGGCUGAUAUGACUGACAGCUACACCCUCUCAUUCGUUUUCUGCGGAAUCAACCUUUUGGUCUCUGGACUCAUGCUCUUCGGAAUCCCAAUCUUGCAACAGAGAAGAGCAAAGGCCAAGGCAGCUGCUAUCAAGAACUAA